CCCAAUCCCUCAGAAUUAGACGUCCCCCUCCCAGGUACCAUCUCCCAGCUCCUAGCCUCUGCCUCUCUCUUCAUUUCCUCUCCCCAGCUGCCGAAGAGGAAGAGCAUAGCAUCAAAACUCACAAGAAUCAUGCAGAUCUUCGUCAAAACCCUAACCGGAAAAACUAUAACUCUCGAAGUCGAGAGCAGCGACACCAUCGACAAUGUCAAGGCUAAGAUUCAGGACAAAGAGGGUAUUCCCCCUGACCAGCAGAGGCUGAUUUUUGCUGGAAAGCAGUUAGAGGAUGGACGUACUUUGGCCGAUUACAAUAUUCAGAAAGAAUCUACCCUUCAUUUGGUUUUGAGGCUCAGAGGAGGAACUAUGAUUAAGGUGAAGACUCUUACUGGGAAGGAAAUUGAAAUUGAUAUUGAACCAACUGAUACCAUUGACCGAAUUAAGGAACGAGUGGAAGAAAAGGAAGGAAUUCCCCCGGUGCAGCAGAGGCUCAUUUAUGCUGGCAAGCAGCUUGGGGAUGACAAAACAGCAAAAGAUUACAAUAUUGAGGGUGGUUCUGUUCUUCAUCUUGUACUUGCUCUGAGAGGUGGUGCUUUUUAAAUUGCAAAUUUGCCAGUUCAGCCCUUGUUAAAUGCCAUAAUGCUCAUCAAGUACUAUGAAUCUGAAUUGAAUUUGUGGCACUAGAAAAUUGUGCUUCAAGAUUUUCAGUUAAUGUGUUAGUUGUGCUCCUAGUUUGAUUGCA